GGCCUGUGGCCCUGGCGUGGGCGCGCGCGGAGGCGCGGCGGGCACGGAGCAUCAGCCUCGUCGCUUCAGUCCAGAGCACCCUCGGCGGCCGCACCUCCCGCCGUCUGGUCCUCCUGUCCGGCUUCGCGCCACCAUGCCCGCCGUGGACAAGCUCCUGCUGGAGGAGGCGUUGCAGGACAGCCCCCAGACUCGCUCCUUACUGAGUGUUUUUGAAGAGGAUGCAGGCACCCUCACGGAUUACACCAACCAGCUGCUCCAGGCGAUGCAGCGCGUCUACGGAGCCCAGAAUGAGAUGUGCCUGGCCACUCAACAGCUUUCUAAGCAGCUGCUGGCAUAUGAAAAACAGAAUUUCGCUCUUGGCAAAGGUGAUGAAGAAGUAAUUUCUACACUCCACUAUUUUUCCAAAGUGGUAGAUGAGCUCAAUGUUCUCCAUACAGAGCUGGCUAAACAGUUGGCAGAUACGAUGGUUCUCCCGAUUAUACAAUUUCGAGAAAAGGAUCUCACAGAAGUAAGCACUUUAAAGGAUCUUUUUGGACUCGCCAGUAAUGAGCACGACCUCUCUAUGGCAAAAUAUAGCAGGCUUCCUAAGAAAAAAGAGAAUGAAAAGGUGAAGACCGAUGUCGUGAAGGAGGUGGCGGCCGCGCGGCGGAAACAGCACCUUUCUUCCCUUCAGUACUACUGCGCCCUCAACGCGCUGCAGUACAGGAAGCGCGUGGCCAUGAUGGAGCCCAUGAUAGGCUUUGCCCACGGACAGAUUAACUUUUUCAAGAAGGGAGCAGAGAUGUUUUCCCAAAGCAUGGACAGCUUUUUAUCCUCCGUUUCGGACAUGGUUCAAAGCAUUCAGGUGGAACUAGAAGCCGAAGCGGAAAAGAUGCGAGUGUCACAGCAAGAACUGCUUUCUGUCGAGGAGACUAUUUACGCCCCGGACUUUGAUGUGGCCGCACCACAGAUCAACAGGAACCUCAUCCAGAAGGCCGGUUACCUGAAUCUUAGAAAUAAAACAGGGCUGGUCACCACCACCUGGGAGCGGCUGUACUUCUUCACACAAGGCGGGAACCUCAUGUGUCAGCCCCGGGGAGCCGUCGCUGGGGGCCUGAUCCAGGACCUGGACAACUGCUCGGUGAUGGCGGUGGACUGUGAAGACCGGCGAUACUGCUUCCAGAUCACCACUCCCAAUGGGAAAUCGGGAAUAAUCCUCCAGGCAGAAAGCAGGAAGGAAAACGAGGAGUGGAUCUGCGCCAUAAACAACAUCUCCAGGCAGAUCUACCUGACCGACAACCCAGAGGCAGUCGCCAUCAAGCUGAAUCAGACGGCUCUCCAGGCAGUGACCCCCAUCACAAGCUUUGGGAAGAAGCAAGAAAGCCUGGGCCCCAGCCAGAGCCCGAGAAAUGCGGAAGCGAAGGAUGACACGGUUGUGCCCCCCGCGGCCGUUCAUGCCGACGCCGCCGAAGAGCUCAUCGCACCGGGAACACCCAUCCAGUUUGAUAUCGUCCUUCCUGCCACAGAAUUCCUGGAUCAGAACAGGGGGAGCAGGCGCAUCAACCCUUUUGGUGAAACUGAGGAUGAGACCUUUCCAGAAGCAGAAGAUUCCCUUCUGCAGCAGAUGUUUGUAGUUCGGUUUCUGGGCUCAAUGGCAGUUAGGACGGACACCACCACCGAAGUGAUUUACGAGGCCAUGAGACAAGUGUUGGCAGCGCGGGCCAUUCACAACAUCUUCCGGACGACGGAGUCCCAUCUGAUGGUCACCAGCCAGACUCUGAGGUUGAUAGAUCCUCAGACUCAAGUAUCAAGGGCCAAUUUUGAGCUCACCAGCAUCACCCAGUUUGCUGCCCAUCAAGAAAACAAGAGACUAGUCGGCUUUGUGGUCCGCACGCCCGAAUCCACAGGUGGACAGUCCCUGAGCACAUACGUUUUUGAAAGCAACUCAGAAGGCGAAAAGAUAUGUUAUGCUAUUAAUUUGGGAAAAGAAAUCAUCAAGGUUCAGAAGGACCCAGAAGCAUUGGCUCAGUUAAUGCUGUCCAUACCACUAACCAAUGAUGGAAAAUAUGUACUGUUAAACGAUCAACCAGAUGACCGUGACGGAAGUCCAAAUGAAAACAGAGGCGCAGAAUCUGAAGCAUAACUCUCUUGGGCCUUUGGGGGAAGAGCACCCAGAAAGAGAGCCGCUUCCCUAAGGGUCUUCAACUUCUCUGACAUGCAGGCCCACGACCUCGUUUCAGGAUGCUGACAAUCGCUUGUGGAAUGUUCUCUUGAUGCCUUGAUACUGAGACUUGGGAGGGAAACAGUAAGACACGGUUGACAACAUUCCUACCCGUCUACAAAUGUUAUUUUUAGGUGCUUUGUGGUAAGUCUUUUUCUUAGAUUGUACUGUUUGGCGCUCAGAAUGAAAGUUACUGAAAAAAUGCAUUGUUCACUUUACUCAAAUGUCAUCUCUUCAGUUUCCAGUACCCUUUCUUAAAAAUGGUAAAAGCCUAGAUUUAUAAUUUGAUAAACACUAAAUAUUUCCUAUUAAUAUAACCUAUUUUUAUAUUGUCCUUAAUGAGCUUUAAGUGCCUGUCAUUCUGAAAAUUGUGUUUAUAAGCAGGCUGUCUCAGUCGGACCUACUAGCAUCAUUUUGUGCAGUUAUGAGGCCUGAGCACUAGCAAAAAUGCAGGUUAGUUGUGAUCAGUUUUCUCAGCCAUCAUGCAAUACAAAGCCUGGCAGAUGAGCACCACACAAGACGUUCAGGUUUUCAAUGUGAACUUUGACCAGCAUUCAGAAACGUGUGCUCCUUCAGGUGGUGGUUGAAUGGUGGACCGCUGUAGACAGAGUGAAGCUCUUCCCGUUCCUGAUUCUUCUGAGCCAGACCCUCCUCAAGGAAGGGACCAAUUAAUUUUAAAACUCACUUGAAUGAAGCACGGCUGGUUGCAGGGCAUGGUAUAAAGUUCCUAUUACCCUACCUAUGAAAUAAGUAUGGUCUUGAAUUGGCACAGUGUGUUUAAUUAUAACCAAGUUCAACGGAAUAUCAUUGUCUUUGUAAUAAAUUAACCUAGCAAUAAAUGCUAGCAAAUAAAACCUAUAAUUCUGUUUUU